GCGGGGUCCUUGAACGCACCGUGGUGUUUCCGCUUGGCACCAGUGAGCAGGCGCGCUACUGUAACCUCAUUCGCUCAUCUCUCGCGAGGAACAACGCCGUUAUCGGAACCUCGACAAACAACACGAGAAUUCAUCAUUCACACGGCUCAAAGGGGUCAUUAAAGGAUCCUGGUUUGAAGAAAUGGAUGACAUCAUGAUGGCCCUGAUGAUGUAGCUGCAGAUGAGCCUGCAAGAAUCUUCCCAUGAGUGUGUGAAGGUCCAAGCUAUGUCCGAAGAGGAAUUGGAAGAAAUUGUACAAAUAACAGUGGAGGACUUUAACCUAGCGGGCCAAACAGAAAACAUGCUGGACAAUCAAGGCCAAAAUGAGGCGAGUCCUCAGAAGAAAAAGAGGAAAUUCAGCAACAGUCAAGAAAACAGCAGCAACAACCAGGACAUAGGCUAUAUUAAGAACCUGAUGGUCUCCUUCACUGCAUCAGUCAGCCAAAGAUUGGAAGGCAUUGAAUCUAAGCUGCAGGCUCUGGACACCACAUGUAAGGCUCUUGCACAAAAGCUGGACAGUAUGGUGCCUUGUGCCAAGAAUUCCAUCCAAGUUCCUAUGGUUGCUGGGUCACCCCAGGGUGCCACUCAGACUUGGAACAAAGUGCGAUGUGUUGUUCCACAAACAAAUGUCAUUGUGAGCAGUGAGUCCAUGAAGCAGGAAGAUCCCUCGCUAGAAAACCUGCUGAGCAACACGGUGGCUAAGAGGCGCCAAAACACAAUCUUGGUGAAGGUGCCAGGCCCUGAGGAGAGUCAGGAGGAAAUGGAGAGUGGCUCUGAGGCGAGUGACACGGUUUCCAACGGUGGCCAUCCCAACAAUGCGCAAAACGGCCAAAAUGUCACACUCAUCACACUCAACUCCGAGGAAGACUACCCAGGGGGCACAUGGUUAGGUGAUGACAGUAACCCAGAGAUGCGUGUUCGUUGUCCAGUCUCACCAGCCGACAUGCUCCAUAUAUCGUCCAACUGCCGCACGGCAGAAAAAAUGGCUCUCACGCUGUUGGACUACCUUUUCCAUCGGGAGGUCCAGGCCAUGUCCAACCUCUCUGGACAGGGCAAACAUGGCAAGAAGCAACUGGAUCCGCUCAUGAUUUAUGGCAUUCGCUGUCACUUAUUCCACAAAUUUGGGAUCUCAGAGUCAGACUGGUAUCGCAUCAAGCAAAGCAUCGACUCGAAGUGUCGCACUGCCUGGAGACGCAAGCAGCGUGGUCAGAGUUUGGCUGUCAAGAGCUUCUCCAAACGCACGCCUCGUGGUUCAGGCUCAGAGGGAUGCCUCUCAGAAGAAGCCACCCACAUAGAAGCAGCCACCCAACAAACCCUGCACUACACACUGGCCAAUCAACAAGUCCAGUUCCAUCACAUUGGAGAGGAUGGACAAGUUCAAGUGAUUCCACAAGGCCAACUGCACAUUGCCCAGGUUCCUCAAGGAGAGGAGGUGCAGAUCACCCAGGAUAGUGAGGGGAACCUCCAGAUCCAUCAGGUGCAUGUUGGCCAAGAUGGGCAGGUACUUCGGGGAGCUCAGCUCAUCGCGGUGGCGUCAGCUGAAGGGGCGGCGGCAGCGGUCGAGGGCAACGCUCUACCCCCUGACAUUCAAGUGCAGUAUGUUCAACUUGCCCCUGUCACAGAUCACACAGCGACGGUACAGGGUGCUGAGCUUGCGCCUGCCCUGCAAGCAGACAUGGAAGUGAAAGAUACCAUCCAGGGAGAGAACGGCGAGGUCGUCCAAAUCGUCUCUUCUGUGGCUACUUGAGAGAGGCUUCUGCUUUUUGGACUAGCAAAACUUUUACCGCUUAUGCGGCACAUGCAGAGACUGAUAGACAUUGAUGUCAGAAACCCUGUUUCAAAAAAAUCCCCAACGUCAAUCACACCGGUGUGUGAACAAGCCAUUUUUGUUUGUUGUUGUUGUUGAUGUUGUCCCUUGCAAAGCAGAUGUUCCUCACGAACUUGACCACGAUUCUUCAAAAUCAGCUGCUGUCAUUGUGGUGUGUUCAUCAGAAGAAGGAAUCAUCCCGCCCUGGAAACCACACCGGGAUUAUUGUCCAUCGAGGGCAGUUGCUGUUAAUGCAGCGUGUCGGCACAUACACAUACUUGUUUACGAUGAUGAAAAACAGCAACAUUGGAGUGUUGAGAAGCCGGGUCCCCUAUGAUGGUGUGCAACCCCCUGAAUGAACAUUAAAGUGGAACUUGAAAAUUUGCUGAAAAUGAUUCCUCUCGGGAUGAGUUUGUUUUAUCGGUCUUCAUAAUUGAGUCCAUAUUUUGUCUCUCGGCUGUGAGCUCCUCCCUUCACUUGCCUCAUCAUGUUCCCAUAUUGUUCUGAUCUGUUGUUUGAUUUAUCUGUUUGUUGCUUGCUGGGAGAAAACCUUUAGUUUGGAAAGAGGUAGACCGUGAAAUGCAAGAGCUGGUGCCACUGUAAGUGGCUUGCAGAAUACCAAGGAAAGCCUGAAGGUGUUAAUGUCCCCAGCUUUGUCUUUGGAAAUAUACAUCCAUGUGAAUAAACCAUGUUGUUGGUGGUUGUAAAAA